GGAUCGACUUCGUCGACGUCUUCCCCGCACUCGACACCGGAUCUAGGGCUUGAUAUACGAAGCAGAUUCGAGAAAGAUGCGGCGGAAGGCGCCUCUCCACUUAUAAUCGCUGGACGCCCAACCUGACCCUGUGGUUCGUUCUGCUUCAGGUCCUUGCGAUACCUCUGGUGGAAUCCCCUUUCCUCGUCGAAUAGGUAGCCAAGGGCUUUCUCCCAGAACCACCGUUAUUAUGUCUAUCACCACAGAUAACAACCCCAGUACCUCUCCCUCCUCUUCUGCAUUCACACCCUCUAUGAGUUCGAGUCGUUCGCGGCCCAGCCUGGUUCAGACCAAUAUCUCCUCACAGUCGCAAACCGGUACCAUCCCGCCGUCUGCCGUAAGCACUUCUUCGGCAGCCUCCAGCUCUCAACAUGACUCUCCGAAUCUGUCCCCCGAUACUACCGGGACGACAACCUGCAGCUCGUCUCCAGAAAUGUCUUUCCGCGGCAGGGAUCUAGAGCAGUUCCCUCCGCCGCCGUUUGAGCUUGACCCUGCUGUGGCACGGAAGACGAGUAGCAUAUCGCUCAGCAACUCGCUCGCUCAGAGUAGCAACUCGCUCACUCAGGGCGGCAACUCGCUCGCUCAAGGUAGCAGCAACUCGCUUCCCCAGGGUAGCAACUCGCUCUCUCAGAGUAACAACUCAGCCUCUCAGAGUUUCGUGGUCCCCAACCCCACACAGGCCGUUCAAGAGCCAGGAAGGAGUGGUGGGCUUAUGAGACGCCUUUCCAACAGGGUCGCCGGCCUUGGAAGUGGCGCCCGAAGGCAGUCCUCAGCCCAUCCGACUAGCCGGGAUGGCAGCAUCGGCCCAGGCAUCAUUCGCGCCCGAUUGAGAAGUAACAGCAACAGCUCUGCUUUUGUUCCACCGCCCGACACCACGGUUUUCUGCGACUCCGACGACGAGACCUGCAACAAUGAGAAGGACGAGACGGCCUUCGCGUAUGGCUACGAUGCAUCUGUGGUUCGGGACUCCCAAUUUGGGAUGAACGCAUCUGUUCCUGGUUCCUCCUCUCUUUCGACCUUGAGCGCGGGUCCCGUAAUACCCUUAUCGCUCCUCAGAGGCACCUGGGUUUGGAAGCUGUCAAAGAAGAGGAGCCCGAAACACAUCUUCCUGGUGCUCGAUUCGGAUAAUGCCAAAAUAUAUUGGGACAAGACCCGACCCUCCAAGUCUGUUUACCUCGACGACAUCGAGGGAAUCCGCACUGGUGAUGACCUCAGUCAAUAUCGCCGGGAUUUCAAUGCCCCUGAGCUGUACGAAUCGAGGGGGUUCUCUCUCAUCAUUGCUCCCCCCGACAGAUCCAAGAAUAACAGGAUGAUGCACCUAGUUGCUGAUGACGAGGCGACCCUGGAACUCUGGACAACCACGAUAGAGGCUAUCUCGAAACAUCGCCAGGAUUUCGCGACCAGUCUUAUGGCCUUCAAUGACAAGGCGGUCCGUGCCUACUGGCAAAGCGAGGUUUCGAAGCUGUUUGGAGACCAUCCUCAUCGCCCCGAGGAGGAGAGUAUCGACUUCUCCGGUGUUGAGCGUGUCUGCCGCAACCUUCACAUUCACGUCUCCUCGAGCACCCUGUUCGAGAAGUUCAACGAGGUCAAGGUGGCGAAUAAAAUGGGCAAGGACGAGUCACGUUUAAACUUCGCAGAGUUUCUAGACUUUGUGCGGUUGAUGAAGACAAGGAAGGAUGCCUUGCCCAUUUAUCGCGAGUACGCUUCGGACACUGAGCUGGGAUUAAGCCGCAGCGACUUCUUGAACUUCUUGCGGGAUUCGCAGGGCGAAAAUGUCGACGAAGAUUUGCAAUCUUGGGAGGCAGUCUUCGCAAGGUUUGCCCGCAAGGGCAGAUCGAGGGAGGGCGAGCCAUCAGCAAAGGGCACGGAAGAGACGCUGAGAAUGUCGGAAGUCGGUUUGGCCAGCUUUCUCACGUCGACUUCGAACGUGCCGCUUCCGAGAGAGCCUCGAAACUAUGUCUUGGACAGGCCGCUGAACGAGUACUAUAUAUCCAGCUCUCACAACACUUACCUGCUUGGGCGCCAAGUUGCUGGCGUCUCUAGCGUCGAGGGCUACAUCUCGGCUCUCAUGCGCGCCUGUCGGAGUGUCGAGGUGGACUGCUGGGAUGGCCAGAACAAUGAGCCCAUUGUCUCGCACGGGCACACGCUGACCACUCAGAUCUCUUUCCGCGAGGUCAUCAACACCAUCAACAAGUAUGCCUUUGUCACGUCUUCAUUCCCGCUCUUUAUCUCCCUCGAGGUCCGCUGCAGCCUCGCAACACAGGAGAACAUGGCCCGAAUAAUGCUCGACACUUUUGGCGAGAAACUUGUCCUUCAGCCAAUCGACCCCGGCUCCGAUCGGCUCCCGUCGCCCUCGCAGUUGCAGGGUCGCAUUCUGAUCAAGGUGAAGAAGCCACAGCAGGCCGACGAUCCCAGGGGCAUGGAUAUCCUUGGGCGGAGGCGCGGAAACAGCCUGACCUCGCCCCUUCAGCGACCGCUGACAUUGGACAAUGGCUCCGUUCCUGUCAGCCCCCUCUUAAGUCCCAUUGGGGGCUCGUCCCGGAAACUGAGCACCAAAAUCAACACCAUUUCGGAAGUUCCGUCAGCGCCAAGCAGCAACCCGAGCGAAUGUGAUAGCGACAGCGACAAGGAUUCGACGAGCAGGACGUUGAACAAGAUCAACCCGAUCCUUGGGAACAUGGGAGUUUACAAUGCCGGCAUCCACUUUGACGGUUUCGAUACCCCUGAAGCCAAGACGUACAACCACAUCUUCUCGUUCAAAGAGAAGACGUUCGCAAAGAACAGCCAGCCUGGCGACAAGAAGCGCUCUAUAUUUCGCCACAACAUGCGCUACAUGAUGCGAGUCUACCCCAACGGCUCUCGCAUCAACUCGAGCAACUUUGACCCUCUUAUCUACUGGAAAAGGGGUGUCCAGAUGGCUGCUCUUAACUGGCAAACCUUUGAUCUGGGAAUGCAGCUGAACCGUGCAAUGUUUGCCAGCGGCACAGACCUAUCUGGAUAUGUCCUCAAGCCGAUCGAGUUCCGCGAGUUCCAAUUGAUGCCCAACGGCGCUGGAGACUGGGCGACGAAGCGAGAGCGGAAGAACGUCAGCUUCAGCAUCGAUGUCAUUUCGGUCCAGCAGCUGAUGCGGCCUUACAAUCUCGGGGAGAAGCGGACCUUGGAUCCGUAUGUCGAAGUCGAAGUGUUCCUCGCCGAUGACAAGAGAAACAAGGUGGACAACAGUGGCAACAAUAUUCAAACGCAAGGGCCUCUGAAGUACCAGUAUCGGUAUCGCACCAAGAUUGUCCGAGGAAACGGGUUUAACCCCGAGUUCGACAACAGGUUCAACUUCAAUGUCAUGACCAAGUACCCCGACCUCGUCUUUGUGCGAUGGAGCGUCAAGCUCGCUGACAAGACGUACAAUGACCGAACACCCCCGCUGGCGACCUUCACUGCAAAACUGGUCAGCCUGAAGCAGGGCUACCGCACACUGCCUUUGCUCGAUCACAAGGGUGACCAAUACUUAUUCUCCACGCUGUUCUGCCGCAUCAAGGUCGACAUCACCAGCGUCUUGGUCCCGGUACCUGGCGCCGAUUCGGACAGCGCCAACAAGUUUAGGGCCAUCAGCAGACCCUCCUUCUUCACUCGAUCGAACCAGAGCCCGAAAUCCAGCAUUGACAGCGGCCAGUCAUGAGACGAUGAUGAUGCAUCGAUUUCUGGGGGAGAAAACUCGUUGCCACGAUGCUGCCUCUGUCCCUUCACAUCUUCUUGAACAUACCCUUUUUCUUUUUCUCCAAGGCUGUACAACACCUUUCUGAGCAUUGCCACUCGAGUCCACGGCGAUUGACGGGCGACAAUGCAUGAUUCCUCAACUUCCAGUAGAAUCUAGCAGCAAAAUACCCGCAACGAGGCGUUAUGGAUACGGCGCAGGGCGGGACUAUGUGAGAGAUGACAUGACCUCUCGCAUUC